GAGAAAUGUUGAGGAACUAUGAGCAUAUAACAUGAGCUUCUUUUUCCCAGAAAUGAAGGCUUCUCAGUACUUUUCAAUGUCUCUAUUUCUUCUAAUUCUUCUUAUCUCAUGUCCUUGGCUGAUAUCAGCAAAUCCCCAUCUCAAUAAUUUUCUUGGUUGCCUUGAUUCGUUUUAUUCCAAUGACAUCUCUAAGGUAAUUUACACCCAAAAUAAUGCCUCUUAUUCAUCUGUAUUGAACGCUACCAUUCAAAAUCUCAGAUUCUCAACUCCAACCACAUCAAAACCCUUGGUCAUCGUAACACCAUUGCAAACUUCUCAUAUCCAAGCAACAAUCCGUUGUUCAAGAACAAAUGGCCUGAAUCUUCGAAUUCGGAGUGGUGGUCAUGAUUUUGAAGGCCUUUCAUAUGUCUCUCAAGUUCCUUUUGUUGUUCUUGAUUUGACCAAUUUUCGAUCAGUUAAGAUCGAUGUAAAGAACAAAGUAGCAUGGGUUCAAUCUGGUGCAAUUCUUGGUGAGUUUUACUCUGAAAUUGCUAAAAGAAGUAGAACCCUUGCUUUCCCUGCUGGUAUUUGCCACACUGUGGGCGUUGGUGGGUACUUAAGCGGCGGAGGAUAUGGUUUAUUGUUACGAAAAUACGGUCUUGCAGUGGAUAACGUAAUUGAUGCUGUAUUUAUUGAUGUUAAUGGAAGGAUUUUGAAAAGAAAAUCCAUGGGAGAAGAUCUAUUUUGGGCCAUUCGAGGUGGUGGAGGAGGGAGCUUCGGAGUCGUCCUUUCAUGGAAAGUAAAGCUGGUUUCAGUUCCUUCAACAGUGACGGUUUUCACCAUUAGAAAGACCCUAGAAGAAAAUGCGACGAAUCUGGUUCAUCAAUGGCAAUCAGUAGGCCACAAGCUUCCUGGUGAUAUAUUCUCAGCUGUAACAAUGAGAAAGGUGAAUCGAAAUGGUAAACCAACGAUUCUAGUUGCUUUCAGCUUCUUUUUUCUUGGUGAAACUAAUGCAUUGAUUACAUUGAUGAAAGCUGGAUUCCCAGAACUGGGACUAAAGAAGGAACAUUGCACUGAAAUGAGUUGGAUUGAAUCGAUUCUUUAUUUUGGGCAAAUCCAGAACAAAUCUAUCGAUGUUUUACUUGACAGGAGUUACAAAUCACCUCUCAAUGCUCCAUGGUUCAAAACAAAAUUAGAUUACGUUAAAAACCCAAUUCCAAAAGCUGGAUUCGAAAAGAUUUGGUCUAAGCUUUAUGAAGAAGAUGCAGAAACAGCAGCCAUGGCUUUCAUUGCUUAUGGAGGAAAAAUGGCGGAAAUCCCAGAAUCUGCAACCCCAUUCCCACACAGAGAUGGAAACUUAUACCAUAUUGCGUACACAGUGGGGUGGGAUGGAGAAGAAAACACCAAGUCCCAAAGGUAUAUGAAUUGGAUAAGAAAGUUUUACAGCUUUAUGACACCUUUUGUUUCGAAAUCUCCACGGGGAGCAUACGUUAAUUACAGAGACGAUGAUAUUGGAACCAACAACAAGAAGGGUGAAACAAGUUAUGCAAAAGCAAGUGUUUGGGGACGAAAAUAUUUUAAGAAUAAUUUUGAUAAGUUAAUUUACAUAAAAACAAAGGUUGAUCCACAUAAUUUCUUCAAGCAUGAGCAAAGCAUUCCGGUGUCAGUCUAAGGGUUUUGUUGAUGGGAGUAGCCCUGGAGUACGUUUACAUCAUUUCUGGUGUGUUGUGUAGUCUUCAGGGGUCUUCAUCCACGCCAUUUGAGUUUGUAUUUGUGGGUUAAUUGUUUUUAUUUCAUUAAUAAUAAUAAACUUUGAUUUCUGAAUCUA